AUGACCGCAGUAGAAAAUAUUUCAAGAAAUGCUGUAACAUUAUCAUCGACAUCAACAAGAUUGACAGUAACACGGUCAACAUCAGUAGCAUAUGACGACGCGAGAUGUGCUAAGAUCAUCAAUCGUUUGGAUCAAAUUUUCGAUCGUCCGUUGAUUGUCAAAGUAUUGAUGGAGAGCAGAACGCGUAACCUUUACGCGAUCGCCAAUCUUUGCGCUCAGCAAACUCUUUGAUUGAAUUUCACUUUACAUUUAUUUAAAAUUUCAUGAAAAAAUACGAAAAAGAAACCCCUACCAAGACCAUCAAAAGUAUUAAACCC